AUGAACUCGUUGCCUGCAACUGCCAAUAGUAACACGCCCGUAGUUUCCUUAGAGAAAUUGAAAGAAACUGAUGGUUCGUUUAAAGGAAUGGCAAGUGGACUGUUAGAGGAUGUCAUGAAAGGGAACCCAUAUUUUGCUGCUGGUGGGGGCCUCAUGCUUUUGGGUACAGGACUGGCUUUAUUAAAAAGUGGAAUCACCCGGGUUAGUGGCUUAGCCUACAGGCAAAUGCUGGUUGAUUUAGAAAUACCAAGCAAAGACAAAUCCUACCUUUGGUUCCUAGAGUGGAUGUCACAAUAUAAACACAGAUCUUCAAGACAUUUAUCAGUGGAAACCAAUUACACUCAGCACAAUAAUGGGUCGAUCAGUACCAGUUUUUCAUUGGUUCCAGGUCCAGGAAAGCAUUUGAUUAAAUAUGAAGGAGCAUGGAUGCUCAUCAACAGAGAAAGAUCAGGAAAAUUGCUAGAUAUGACCAAUGGAACUCCGUUUGAAACUAUCACAUUGACUACACUCUACCGAGACAGAAAUAAGUUUCCUUCAUUAUUGGAAGAAGCUAAGAGAAUGGCAUUGAAAACACGAGAAGGCAAAACAGUGAUCUACACUUCAUGGGGUCAAGAAUGGAGACCUUUUGGUCAGCCUCGCAUGAAAAGACUAAUUGAUUCCGUUGUGCUAGACAAAGGCAUUAAAGAGUCCAUAAUCGACGAUGUUCAAGACUUCCUGACUAGUGGACAAUGGUAUCACGAUAGAGGGAUUCCGUAUCGUCGUGGGUACUUACUAUAUGGUCCUCCUGGAAGUGGAAAAACUAGCUUUAUUCAAUCUCUUGCUGGAUACUUGGACUAUAAUAUUUGCAUUCUUAACCUCAGUGAAACCAAUCUAACAGAUGACAGACUAAACUAUUUAAUGAACCAUAUUCCAGAACGAAGUAUAUUGUUGUUAGAGGACGUUGAUGCAGCAUUCAACAAGAGAUCUCAAACAGACGAGAAAGGAUACAGCAGUGGUGUGACAUUCAGUGGACUGCUAAAUGCUUUAGAUGGAGUAGCAAGUGCAGAGGAAAUGCUGACUUUUAUGACGUCAAAUCACCCUGAGAGAUUGGAUCCAGCCCUAUUAAGACCAGGUCGUGUGGACUAUAAGGUUCUCAUUGAUAAUGCAUCCAUUUACCAGAUUGAACGUAUGUUCCUCCGAUUCUAUGGGGAAACACACAGAGAGUUGUGUGACGAAUUUCUGGAGCAGUUCAAGACGCUUGGUCUUCCGACCGUGUCAGCAGCACAAUUGCAGGGACUGUUUGUCUACAACAAAAGGGAUCCUAAGAAGGCCAUCGAGAUGGUUGAAGUGCUCAAACAACCGAACCAUGUAUUUUGA